AUGAUGCAGAGCAUGCUCCCAAAGUCAUGGAGAGCCAUGAAGUUGUACUACACCACUGUGUAUCAAGAAAUAUGGGUUGGUGUAGCAAUAACAGCUUAUGUCUAUUACAAAAUUUCAUACGGUGGCAAGAAAGCGGUAGCAGACAAGUCCUCUGAUGCUGGCCAUCAUUAA